AACUCAGUUGAUUAUUUUUUAGUGAGCAGCGGAAUUCUCCCUUCAUAUAUUUAUAAAAGGAACAAUUUACAUAGGAAAAAUACGAAUUGAAUUAGUAUAAAUAGAAAAUAACACAUAAACAGGCAAACAAAAAUGGCAAGGAUAACUGUAGAUGAUAUACAAAAGCAGAUAUGUAUGACAGAACACAUCAUGAAAGAGGAGACAACAGCUUUAAAUUUCUUUCUAAAUAAUAUGGAUAGAUAUUUAGCAAAAUCAGGUGUUUCUGCAGUAUUGAGAAAACGUUUAGAAGAAAUGCAUAUUGACAAUGAUCGUUGUUAUAAAUUGUUAAAGGAAGCUGAACAACGUGUAAAAGACAAGAGAAUAGAAGAAGAACAAAAAAAGCAACAAAGACAAUGUGUACUGAUGUCAGAUGAAGAGUUAUCUAAAGAACUUGAUAUGCGACCUGCUUCACCACAAACUAUGGCAUUACUUUAUGAAGGGACUUCACAUGAAGGUAAAGGCAGGAAACAAUAUCUGGAUAAACGUUAUCAUAAAUCACCAGAAGACAAAUUCCCCUAUCCAUUACCGACAUCAUGGGAUUAUGGCUGGCAUUUAUCUGAUUGGAUUAGAAAAGAUUCAGUUAAAAAAUCACCAUAUGGUCGUGUGUGUAUUGUGAAUAGUACAUUUUACAAUCGUACUGGUAUUCAAUUCGGUAGUAAAACUGAACCGAAACCAUGGUACGGAUAA